AUGGCUGCCAAAACGACUGUGGGCGAGGGUUCCCCGAAGCUCCUCGAGCAGCAGUCGACGCCCAUGACCGUCCACAACCUCACCGUCCACGGCGCACCCAACAUGCGCCGCGCCUUCCUCGAUCCCAUCCUCUCCCCCAUCGUCGCGCCCUCAGCCAACACUGCCACGACGCUCGGCGACGUCUCCUACCGUCUGCAGACGGCAUCCGCCAAGCUUGACCGUCUCGGCAUCUUCCAGCCCGCCCCCAAGAUCUUCCUCAACUCAGCCGACCAGACCAAUCCCUCGUCCACACCGACAGACGUGGACAUCGAUAUCCUGCUCGCCGAGCUUCCCCGCUACAAAUUCAAUGCCGGCACCGAUGUCGGCAACUCGGAAGGUUCAGCCUUCACGUCGCUCUUGUGGCGCAACAUAUUCGGCGGCGCCGAGCAGCUCUCCCUCAACGCGAGCACCGGCACGCGAACACGCUCCGCCUACACAGCCGAGCUAUCCGCCCCCGUGGCCUCAGACCCCGAUCGCCGCAUCGCCCUCGAGAUUCUCUCCUCCGCCACCGACAAGCCUUGGGCCUCGCACGAGGAGGUCCUCCGCGGCGGCUCCCUCCGCUACCAGUGGCUUUCGCCGGACCGCGACAUGCACUCGAUCGAGUACACGGCCCUUUGGCGACAGCUCACGUCGCUGGGCCCCGGCGCGAGCCCGACCGUCCGUGCCGACGCCGGCGACUCGCUCAAGUCGUCCCUCCGCCACAUCUUCCGCCGCGACACGCGCGACAACCCACAACUGCCCCAGCGCGGCUACCACAUCCGCACGACGACCGAACUCGCCGGCGUCGGCCCUCUCGCCGGCGACGUCGCCUUCUCCAAAUCCGAGCUCGAGUUCGGCGGCGCCAAACUUGGCCUGGCCGUGACAGAUUGGAAGCAUCCAGACUGCCUCGAGCUACAGGAUACGAGGGAUGAAGGUUGGCGCCAGUUGGAUCUGUAUCAUCAGACAACACACGCAUGCCAGCAUGAUCUAAUCAUCCUCCAACAAGGCAACAGUCCGAGCACGUGGGAUCACAGUACAAAAUCCAGUCAACAGCCUACCAUCACAAUGCUCAGACACCUCUCAAAUGUUCAAAAGGUCAAAAGAAGACUAGUAUUCAGCUACAAACAUCCCACCACAAGCCCGUGA